AUGAUCGGGGUGGCUGGAAGCAAGAAGAAGCUCCUGUUUCUAAUUGGCGGCGUGGAAGCCGUAUCAUCCGUCCUGGGAUUUUAUGGAGCUUCGCAGCUCCCAGGAGUGGUAUUGCCGCUUCUCGGACAGACGGUGUUGUUCUGGCAGGUGUUCUUUGCUCUCACCCUCCUGAAGAAGCGUCUGAGUACGGUGCAGGUAAAUCUCAUGUUUGCUGCGAUCUACUGUGCGUCCAUGAUUUUCCCAGCCCUCGACUCCAUCUUAAAGGAGCGUCUCUUCAGGGAAGCCAAAGAGACUCUGAAGGGCAAGGAUCUGGAUUUAUUCGUCGUCAAUUCUUUUGGGAGCCUGGCGCAGAGCGCCUGCAUCCUCCUCCUUUUGCCGUUGCUUGCCCCUCUGCGCGGCAUCCCCCUCUCUGGGUUGCCCGGGUACCUUGCUGAAGGCUGGUCGGUGUUUUGGGGCCUGGCUGGAGGUGCCACUGGGGCGCCCAUGCUCCCCCUCCUGUACAUCGGCGCAAACCUGGCUUUCAACAUCGCAGCACUGAACCUCGUGCGGUCUGCUGGGAACGUCAUCACCUCACUGGUCAUGGCCAGCAUCGUUCCUUUCACCAUCUAUGCAUUCACUUUUGACCUUCCGUUCCUCCCGCUGAACCCGCCCCUCGGCCUCCCAUUCCUGCUUGGCACCGUGGUAAUGGUGGCUGGACUGGCUCUCUACAACGGGCCGCAGUGGAUCGGCCCUGUGCGCGGUAUGAUUAGCAACUGGCUCAACACAGAAGAAGCAUGA